UUGGGGGGAAAGCGAGGGAAGCUCAGUGGGCAAGGGGCGUCCCUCUCCCCUCCCCGCCGCUGCCUGUCACUGCCUCUCUGCUGAUAUUAUAGGGGCCGAAGCCUGGAGCUCAAAGCGCGAAGUCAGCCAGUGUAAUGAACUUCUGGAAACCUUUCCCUUUUUAUACCAUUCAGUUUCUGAGAGGCAGAGACUGCCUCCUCUGACGCCUUUUCCCCCCUUCCAUUAUUUUUCCAGGCUCUGAUCUCCCUGCUUGCUGCACCGAGGCGCUCGGCGCAGAGCCCCGCUCCCUAUCCUACCUUCUCCUUCGCCUCAUUGUUGUCCUGGCUGCUGUGGCUCUCGCUUGCCUUCCAGGAGCGCGGUGGCGAGCACAGCCGCACCCCCAGCACCCUCCCAGGGUCCCGAGAACAUCUACUCGGAGAGGGGCAGCCGGCGGCCGCCGACUUUGGGUCACUUCGUUGUUCUUUUUCUUUUUUCUUUUUUUUUUUUUUUUCAUUUUGCUCCACUUUUUUUUUUUUUUUUUUUCCGCGCCCCCCACCCCCUUUCCGCGUCCCCGCAGCGUGUCCCCUUCCCUCGGGAGGACAUCGCCGGGGGAGCGGGGCUGCGGCGAGGAUGUGCCGGCCCCCGCGGCGGAGCCAGCAGUGAGCACCCGAGGGAGGCACCUGCCCCGCGGAGCCGGGGGGCCCCCGGGGGGGCCUCACCGCCUCGCCCCGGCGCCGACACUUCGCCCCGAGUUUAGCGACUCACGGGGGCUUCGAGCAUGAGCAAGCCGGCGGGAUCAACAAGUCGCAUUUUAGACAUCCCUUGCAAAGUGUGUGGGGACCGCAGCUCCGGAAAGCACUAUGGGGUUUAUGCCUGCGAUGGGUGCUCGGGAUUUUUCAAGAGGAGCAUCAGGAGGAAUAGGACCUAUGUUUGCAAAUCAGGAAAUCAGGGAGGCUGCCCGGUGGACAAGACGCACAGGAACCAGUGCCGAGCCUGCCGGCUGAAGAAGUGCUUGGAGGUCAACAUGAACAAAGAUGCGGUGCAGCACGAGCGGGGCCCCCGCACGUCGACCAUCCGGAAGCAGGUGGCUCUCUACUUCCGCGGGCACAAGGAGGAGAGCGGCGGAGCCCCGCACUUCCCCGCCGCCGCCCUGCCGGCACCCGCCUUCUUCACCGCCGUCUCCCAGCUGGAGCCCCAUGGCCUGGAGCUGGCCGCUGUCACCGGCACCCCGGAGAGACAGGCUCUGGUGGGCCUGGCACAGCCCACCCCGAAGUACCCACACGAAGUCAACGGCACCCCGAUGUAUCUGUACGAAGUGGCCACUGAAUCCGUCUGCGAGUCAGCAGCCAGACUUCUGUUCAUGAGCAUCAAGUGGGCCAAAAGUGUCCCAGCCUUCUCCACCUUGUCCUUACAAGACCAGCUGAUGCUUUUGGAAGAUGCUUGGAGAGAACUGUUUGUUCUAGGAAUAGCACAAUGGGCCAUUCCAGUUGAUGCUAACACUCUACUGGCUGUAUCUGGCAUGAACGGUGACAAUACAGAUUCUCAGAAGCUGAAUAAAAUUAUUUCAGAAAUACAGGCCUUACAGGAGGUUGUGGCUAGAUUUAGACAACUUCGGCUAGAUGCUACUGAAUUUGCCUGUCUCAAAUGCAUUGUCACUUUUAAAGCUGUGCCCACACACAGUGGUUCUGAACUGAGGAGUUUCCGCAAUGCUGCUGCCAUAGCAGCCCUUCAAGACGAAGCCCAGCUCACCCUGAACAGCUACAUUCACACCAGGUAUCCCACACAACCCUGUCGUUUUGGAAAACUUCUAUUGCUUUUACCAGCUUUACGUUCAAUUAGUCCAUCUACAAUAGAAGAAGUGUUUUUCAAAAAGACCAUUGGGAAUGUACCAAUUACAAGACUGCUUUCAGAUAUGUACAAAUCCAGUGACAUAUAAAUUACCUUAAAAGAAACAAUCAGGAUGGACAGUUUGAGAAGAACUUUUAUCUAUGGAGAAUAAGCCUCAACUAACAAAAUCUACAGGAAGCAUAAGCCUGGGAAUGUUUAGUCCUUAAACUCAUUGACAAAAAAUACCCCAGUAGAUAUGAUUCUGCUGCUCUGAACAGAGUGAUUUAGAUCAUGGAGAGAAUGCUUUGUUCUACAGAAAAAGUGAAAGUGGUUGGAAUUUGGCUGCUAUUCCUGUUACUACAGGAUGGAGGCAAUUCAGAUGCCAGUCAUAGUUAACAAAGACUCUGCUAUUCUCUCAUUCAACUGGCAGAUCUGAGACAAAAUGUGAAAGAAGGUACUUUAGCUUGUUCAGUAUUUGGAACCGGGUGACCAAACUUGGCUUCUGUUGUAACACAAGAUGUGGUGGCCUUCAGAAUUGUUUUAAAAGUAGCCUAUGUUGGGAAAAUGUUUUUAAUAAGAUAGGCAACAUUUGAGACCAAGUUACCAAAACAUUGUUUCUGCUAUAAUGCAUCAUGAAGUGGCCUUCAGAACUGAUUAAAAGGUAGCUUAUGACGGCAGCUCCAUUCUUCCUACAAAGUGAACUGGUGAUCUUUGAUGCAGAUGUCACCACAAUUUGUUCGGUUAACAUCUCAAACACAGAAGAGCUUUAUACAUUUCCUUCCCGACCUUCCCUCCUUCUUCUUCCACACACAGACACACAUUCACACAUACACACACACACACACACACACCUGAAAAGAGACAACACAAGAAAGGAAGACUAAAACAGCAAAACCAAAUACAAUGGAGAUGACCGCUUCAGUGAUCUGCUGGCUGUCCCGUUGGCACAGUGCUGAAACCAAAGGCAACGGUGGCCAAACUCUUUGUCAAUGAGAUGUGCAGAGAAAUGAAAUGACUAUUAAAAAAUCAAUGGAAGGAAUUUUAUUUCAAAGAAAUAAAGGUUGUUGACUGAUACAAUGCUAACAAUUUCCAAAAGUCUCCAAUGCCUUUUUAGAAAACUCCAGGUUCUAAUUUUGAAGCCUUGUUCGCCUACACCCUCUCACACACAAAAAUGUUAUAAGCUGCUUAUUUGAUGUAUGAAUAAUGUAGAAAGAAAAAACAUUUAAAGAUAGCUGCUGUACUUUUCAAAAUUUGAUUUGUUAUUAGGAACUAGCACUGAGAAAGAUCAGCACUUGAACUAUCAUAGAAUGAGUAAAACUUUUCCUGUACAAAGUGGAUUAACCGAUUUGUGAAGUUAAAAAGUUGUACUCAUUGUAUUUACAAAGAAUAAAAAUAUAUUGAAUUUAAA